AUGAAGUGCUCCAUUCGAGCCAAGUUCGGGCUCAAGGCGCUCUCCCCGGACGAAUGGGAAUCCAACAAUCGCAACAAGCCCAUCCUCUACCAAGGUCUGUUCUUCAAGCGCGUGUGCGACAUGAUGGGCAUCGUGAUGGCCAACCAGCCGGCCAUCUUCGAGGAGUUGAAUGCCCACAGCCGCGCCGGUCAACCCAACAAAUUCGAGUUCCUUGACCCGCACCUGCUGGAUUUGGCGGUGCACGUCAAGCACAUGCACCUGGUGGCCUCGUGCGAAGGGAUGACCCUGUGGCUGAAAGCGGCGCAGCACAUCGAAGAGAAGAUCUUUCUCACCGACGAGGAGGUCAAGAAGUGCGAGCUGCUCCUCAUCUUCGCCCGCGAGAAGUUUGAGUUUGCCCUCCGCAGCAUCACCGACUCGGUGCAAACGCUGGCGCACUUGGCCAAGGUGGAGAACUUCUUGGCGGUCUACUGGAAGAAUCUCAACCACAGCCAGCAGUUCUCCGACAUCAACGUCAACAUGAGCGUCGACGCGGGGCAGAUGCGCCGGUCGUGGUUCGAGCUGUCGACGCGGCACUACGAGCAGGCCCUCAACAUCCUCCAGAAGAAGCAGCAGACGAUGAACUUCAAGCAGCUGCGGUCCAAGCAGCAGGAGCAGGUGCGCAGCAUGCUCUUCAAGGUCAUGUGCGAGAUGUCCAACGCCCACUGCGAGUGGUCGAUCGCCCUCCACUCCGACCUCGUCACCACCACGCCCCCGCCCAACGAGCGCAAGAAAAGCUGGGAGCGCGCAUGGGACCUCAUCCAGGAGGUGCUCAUCCGAUCGCCGCAGAAGCUGUGGCACCAGUUCGAGAGCGACGUCAUGCAGCUGCUGGAGGGCCACCUGUCGGUGCUCUACCACGUCCGCAAGAACUGCCACCUGUUCAACUACGUCAAGGCGGGGCGCGUGGGCAUCGUGAUCUCCCACAUCAUCCGCAUCAACAGCCUACGCAUCGUCGAGGAGCGCAUGCAGCGGGGCAAGUACACCACCGGCGGCGGCAACGGCGGCAGCCAGGGCCGCUUGCCGUCUGCCGACGAGGGCAAGGCCCGAGACAGGCGCGCGCACAGGACCCUGCGGGUGCGAGCAGCAGCUGCCGCCGCCACCCAGUCCGUGUCGCCGCCUACCGCGCCCGUCACGAUCGUGGUGGAGCAGGCAGCGCCGACCCCAGUGCCACGACAGCCCGCCGAGGAGGUGCAGAUCCGCACCGAAGUCAACUCGCUCUUCGGGUACGACACCGACCCGGCUGGCGAUGCCCCGCUGCCGACCGAGAGCGGUCCCGCGGGCAGCGCCACCACCACCACGACGACGACGACGACGACGACCGGCAGCGGCGGCAGCCACCACCUCGCCGACGAGACCGAGGAGAACGCGGGCAAGCGGAAGGGGAGCAAGUCCAAAAAGGUCAAGGAGCUCAAGGACAGCAAGGACAAGGAGAAGAAGAAGAAAAAGAAGAAGUCCUCCAAGGGCGACAAGAAGGCCAAGGCCAAGGCCGAGGAAGGCCCUGCUGCUGCCGACGCCGCGGCUUGCGACAACGCCCACAACUACCCGACGCUCUACUCGCCCGGCGCGGGCCGGUCGUCGCCACCUCCGCCGUAUCCCCUCAGCAGCAGCGGCGGCGGCAGCGGCGGUUCUCGAGCAGCCUCGAAAGGGAAGGAGGGCGGCGGCGGCAGCAGCAGCAGAGGCAUCAAGAAGGGGCGGUCGUCGCCCCUGAUCACCUCCAAGGAGAUCAAGGAGGGCCGCGCCCGCAAGAAGGCCGAGAUCUUCCGCCCCUUCACCCGCAGCUCCUCCCGCUCCAAGCCCGAGGAGCCCGACAUCACCAUCCUGCACCAGCCGGUGGCCGACGCCGCCGCCGCCGCCGCCAUGCUGGAAUCGCAGGAGGAGGAGACCGGCCGGCCCGCCACGUCGCCGCCCGCCGAGCAGAGAGAGGGCGCGCCCAGCGGCGAGGGGGGCGCCGACGACGCCGAUCCGGGGGAGCUCAAGCGGACGCGCAAGCCCGCGCUGCCCUUCCACCGAAAGGCCUCCCUCGUCACCCCCGCCGCCCGUCCGCGCGAGCUGGACAACAACAGCGAGUCCGGCUCCGUCAGGGCCGACCCGGACGACGCCGGCGGCGCAGGUGGUGGUGGUGGCGACGCGGCGCAGGUCAGCGGGGCCAUGAACUUCCGCCGGCGGCCGUCGGACAUGUCGGUGCUGAGGUCCGGCCGGCCGCAGGCAGAGCUGCCGCCCCCGCUGGAGCGGAGCGACGAUGGGUCCCUGUUCGCCCUCAAGUUCGCCCACCAGUCCCUGUUCGCCUCGGCCCGCUCCUACCCGGCGUUGGCGGCGCCCCCGGCCAUGACGCUCGACGCCAUGAAGGCCGAGGAGCGCAAGCGCGGCACCGUCGCCUACUGGCUGGGCAAGGAGACCUUCCUCGUGGCCCCCGGCACCACCAAGUACCUCUGCGCCGCCCUCGACGGGUCCCUCUACUCCAGCGCGACGCUGUGUCGAGAGGCCGUGUGGAUGGUGGACGCCUACCAGGGCCGCAAGGCCGAACCCUCCACGCCCGGGAGCGGAGGGGCUGGAUCGGCGCAGAUCAUCCUGCGCUCCGUCUAUGGCAAGCUUCUCAGCCUGGUCGACCAGAAGGGGGCCACGUCGGCCACCUCGUGCAGGCUCCACGUGCACAGCAAAAAGGUGGUGGCCGGAGCAGCGCAGCCCACCAAGGCCGAGUGGGGCCUUAAACUGGCCAACGCCAACCGUGUACAUACGAGGUGCCAAGCACGGAAGUACCUGCGUGCCAUACCCCGGGAGAACGACACCACCCUCGACAAGAAGGCCUCCUCCGGCGGGGCGUCGCGGGAGGCGCGAGCGGUGGCCUUUACGGCGUCCUACGUGUACGACCCGUGGUGGAUCGAGCGCCACCCGCAGGACACCCAGCGAGUGUGCUUGCGCGCCUUCGACGGCAGCUUCCUCGCCACCUGCGGCAAGUCCUCGUCGGGCGAGGACGAGGAGGUGCGGCUGGUGGAGGGGAGUCCCAGCUGGUGGUACGUGCGGUACCUGCGCGAGGAGGUGCUGGGCACCUUCGAGAGCGAGGAUGACGAGCGGCCCAAGACGGUGCAGGACACCCGGAUCGGACUGACGAUGGCGCUGUCGCCCUACCCGCUGGUGGACAAGCACGGCCGGGAGACGCCCGAGCGGCGCUUCCUCUGCACGGACUCGCGCGGCGAGGUCGUGGUGUCGAUGGCCUGGCAGUCCACGCCCGCCGGCGCGCCACCACUCUCCCCGCAGCACCAGCAGCAGCAGCCGCACGGCGGGUCGGCGGUGGAGGGGAGCGACCACCGGUGGUGUCGGGAAUGGGUGGUGCGGUGGUUCGAGCCCAGAUGGGCCGCCGUGCUGGCCCUCCUCGAAGCCGAGCUGCUCGACAUGCGCGCCAACAUCUCGCGCGCCGCCCUCCUGCCCGCGCCGGCCCCGUCUCCCGACGCGCUCGCGUCCCACGGCUCGGGGAUGUCAUCUGCUUCGGCGUCGUCGUCGGCGCCGGGCUCGGGCUCGGGCUCGGGCUCGUCGGCGGGACAGCCGGGAGCUGCAGGCGUCGGAGCCACCAACGGACCCGUGCCCAUGGUCGCGCAGCUGCAGACGCUCCUCCACGCCAUGUGCGACAAGUCCCAGUACUCGGUCACCCUGUAA